UGGGACAGUGCUGACUAGAGGACUCUCACAGUGAUGAAAUUGUAUUGCUUUAUACGCUGAGAGAUACCAGUGUGUUGGGAGGGAGGCGUGCCAUGAGUGCCAUUGUGUCAUGUUUUAGUGUCAGUAGUGCUUUAUACGUUCAUAACCACAGGAAGCUCACUACGAUUGAACAUAUUUAUACAGUAUAGUAAGAGUGGGGAUCAAGUACACUGUGUAAUAAAUUUUCAGCAUACAAGGAGGCAGGUCUUGAUGGACUUCACUUCCCUACCCUAAAGUAAGGUACCGAUUAAGAACGGUGGUGCUCUAGGUGUGAACCAACGACCCUUCGAACAAGAGUCAAGUACUGUAUCCACUCAGCCGCUGCGCCACGACAAUAGGCACUUACAGUGACACAAAGGAGAAUCUCAAAAAAAUGAUCUGCUACAAGGUGCUGUCUUUGUUCCUUCUCUACCACCAAGCAUGUGGAGUGUUGUUGGCGCAGUGUCCUGAUGGAUGGCAGCUCUGGGAGGGUACAAAUCAAUGCUACAUUCUCCUCACCCGCCCUGACACGAAUACUUUUGAUGACUCUAUCACCCUUUGUCGUGUCCGUGGUGGUGACCUGCUGUCUAUACCUGAUAAAGCUACCAAGAACUGGCUACGGAAAAUUCUCUCGGCGACACAGCUUGAGGGGCAAGACGCGUAUACAUGGGUAGGUGCCAGGCUAGUGAACGACUCGUGGGUGUGGGUGGAUACGGAGGAACCUGUCGACAACGAAAUGCUGCCGUGGGAUGAUGGCAGCGAUGGUAAGUGUGCUGCCUUCACCACCUCCUCCACGCUCAUCAAACUGUCUUGCUCCCUUCGUCUUAACCUGGUCUGCCAUCGUCCUCUUGGUGUACCAGAGGCGUGUGACCACAGUAAAGGCUGGAAUCAGAUCGGUGACUUCUGCUACAAGAGUUCGGGAGACACUGCGUCAUGGGCCGUGGGUAGAAGGGGGUGUGUGGAGCAGGAGGCCAACCUCUUGACGAUCACGGGCGGACAGGAACAGCAACAUGCCUACGACUUCGCCCUCUCUCUCCAUGACAAAGUCUGGAUUGGCCUUGCCGAGACGAAACACCCAGGAGAGUGGAGAUGGAGUGACGGCACAAAGGUUAACUUCACACACUGGAGCCACGCACAGCCAGUUUCCCUAGGUGGCUUUGGAGCAGCCGUGGUGAACAAUGUUGAUAUUGACGGAAGAUGGGAAGUAGAGAGAGUCACAGACAACUAUCACUACAUCUGUAAGAAGAAAACAGGAGGGUGUGUGGCUGGAUGGGAGGAGUUCGCAGGAGCCUGCUACUACUUCAUUACGGGAAACGACGACUUCCUUGUCUGGGAGGAUGCGAAGGCUUCUUGUGAAGACAUAGGAGCAUCCCUCGUUGUCCUCGAAACCCAGGACGAGGAUAUAUUCAUUCGAGGCCACAUUCCCGAGACUGAAAGCAUCUGGCUAGGUCUUUAUAGCAAACCCAAAGAGGAAUUCUACUGGAUGAACGGUGCCACCAUCGCUAGCUACAAUUUUUCCUUCAUGAAACAGGAAGACACCCGCAUCGCCCUCAGCUCUAACUCCUCCAAGUGUGUCUUCUUCCAAGUUUCAGUAUGGGACAAAGGACUCCAGAAGAAUUCCUCUUGGGUACCUGUUGACUGUCAGGAGGCCAAAUUCUACGCUUGUGAGGUGCCUGCUGGAACUUCUCUCUCGCUCGCUCCUCCUUCUGACGUGCACUGUCCCCGGGGAUGGCUCAAAUAUCAGGGCCACUGUUACCUGCCUAGCUACCAGCAGGUGACUUGGUCUGAGGCCCGGGAGUCCUGUGAGGAAUUUGGAGCUGAUCUCACGUCCGUCUUGACUUGGCAGGAGCAAGACUUUAUUCACAACCAGCAGGCGGCGAGUGGAUGGAUAGGGCUGCAACAAAAACUGAGUGACAGAAACUGGGAGUGGAGUGACAGUUCGCCUGUGAGCAUAACUAAUUGGGAAAACGGAGACCAUGGCGGCUCGGAGGGGUGUGCUGAGUUACGGAAGGCGAAUGGAAAGUGGAGAGCAGCGCCUUGCCAGCUCCACAAGGCAUUUACCUGUAAGAGACGGGCCUCGAAGUUUCCAUUUGAUCCCAUCACACACCCAAGACCACACGUCCCUGAAGAAUUACCGUGUGGGCCAGGCUGGACGGAGAACCCUCUAACAGGAGAAUGUUACUAUCUUGUGCUGGAGGAGCUCACAUUUCACGACGCUAGCCAACACUGUCGCCACCACCUGCAGCAGCAAGAAAUAGAGAAGGGGAGUGAUGAUAUACCACACCUCGUAUCUCUCACCACAAUACAGGAACAACUUUUUGUUAGCUCCCAGGUGGUCAAUCAGCAUAUAGGCCAGACAUCCCUCUGGUUGGGGUUAAGAAACGACUAUAUGGAUGGCAACAGGUGGCUGGAUGGCUCACCUGUCGUCUACUUCAACUGGGACUCCCGAGCACCUAUAGGCCCCCUCACUGACUUCUGUAUUGAGAUGUACACAGGCAGCGGGAAAUGGAACGACGUCUCUUGUGAGCAGCGCCUAAUCUUCAUCUGUGAGAAGAAAGCCAAGAAGUAUACUCCUCCACAGACACUUCCACCCCCUCCUGAAGCUCAGUGUCCUGGUGGGUGGAGGUCCUGGAACCACCACUGUUACUAUUUCUCAAGUGACCCAGUCUCGUGGCACCAAGCUCGGGCAUGGUGCCAAGAUUAUCUGGGCAGCGACCUCGUCUCCGUCACUAGUAAAGCCGAGAACUCCUUCAUCUUAGGAGAAGUGUUCCGCGCCAAGCAAGAUGUGUGGCUGGGUCUGUACGCUGACGGAAACACUAGGAGCUGGUCUUGGGUGGAUGGAUCGAAUAUUAAUAGGUACCACAACUGGCUGGGGAGUCAUUCUGCUACUCAUGGUCAAUGUGGUGAGCUCAGAGCAGACGGUACCUUGCUGGAAGGUUUUUGGGUCCCGGCCUCAUGUAACACGGAGAAAGUCUUCAUAUGCAAGACGACUACCGAGGCGUGUCCCCAGGGUUGGACUCACUAUAAGGGUAAAUGUUACUUCGCCAGUGGUUUGGAGGCCACCUGGCGAGUGGCACAGGACAGUUGUGUGAGUUACAACGCCCGCGCCAGCCUCGUCAGCGUCAGUUCCCAAGAAGAGAACUCCUUCCUUGUUGACUCGCUGAUUCCCAAGAUCGGUGGUAACACGUGGCUCGGCCUCACUUACGACCUGCUAACUAGUACCUGGGUUUGGGUGGACGGCCGGAAAAACGAUUACACCAACUGGAAUAUUGGUGAGCCCCUCCACGAGGGUGAGGACCGUUGUGUCGAGCUCCUCUCGGCUCAGGGCAAGUGGACCUCCCUCCUCUGUGACAACAGUAGGACCUUCGUCUGUCAGUUGCGUGCAGCCCACAGUAUCAGUUGUGAAGAUGGAUGGAUACCCUUCAACGACUAUUGCUACUGGUACUCAGGCUCUGGCAACGCCUCCACGACCCUUACCUUCAAUGACGCUCAUGACAACUGCCGGAGCCGAGACGCCUCCCUGGCAUCGAUACACUCAGACCCAGAGAACCAGCUAGCCUUCUCCCUUCUCGACAAAUACGACCCCCAAGACGUGUUUCUGGGUCUGAGUGAUGACGGCCACCAAGAGCAGUUAUCGUGGCUCGAUGGCUCCUCUCUCUCCUACACAAACUGGCACCAAUUCAACAGCAAUCCCUUCCUGAAGGUUCCUGUGUGUGGAGUUUUGCGUCAACAUCGCCAAGAGGCGAGUAGAGGAACCUGGAGUCUGCGUGAUUGCUCUUCCUCCCUUCAUUAUAUCUGCAAGAAACCACACCAAGCUACGCUCUCCUUUCAGAAUUCCAGCGGUUGUAAUGAAGGUGACGUUGUCCACCGAGAAUCCUGUUACCACGUGCCUUCUUUGUUGGGGUCUUGGGCUCAGGCUAAAGACUUCUGUGUGGGCAAUAAUGGGGACCUUGCUGUUCUUAAUGACAGGUACGAAAGCGCCUUCAUUUCAUCGCUCCUGAGGGAAGUGGGAGAGAGCGCGUGGGUCGGCCUGGCUGGCACCAUAAACCCUGACCGCUCAGUGGUGUUUCGCUGGACGAACCUUGACCCCGUCGAAUAUACCAACUGGGGCGAAUCACAACCAGCGGUGACGUGUGGGACCUGCGUAGCCGCGUCAGGAGACGACACCAGCUUAGGCUUAUGGUCUGUCAGGUCCUGCGACGAUUCCCUCCGUUUCAUAUGUGAGUACUCUCGGAAUGACUACGAUAUCACCACUCCUUCAACACCACCCCCAACAGCACCUGUGUGGCCAUGUGUUGGUGACUGGAUGCUUAUUAACGACCGCUGCUACAAGGUUUUCCUUGAAACAACAACUUGGGCCAGAGGGGAAGCCUUGUGUUUAUCAUACAGUGGACAUCUGACCAGCGUGGGCAGUAGAGGCGAGGAGGACAAUAUAAAGAGAGUUCUCGAAAUGACCCUUCUUGAGCAAACCCACCCGUUAAUUUGGGUUGGUCUACAUCUCGACGGAGAGUCAGGACACGUAUGGAGUGAUGGCACGGCGGUGCAGUACGUACGUUGGGGAAUAGAACAGCCUGAUAGCCACCGGGGACAGCUGAGGUGUGGCACUGCCUACACCUCCACACUCAUGUUGGCUGAUGCAGACUGUUACACAUUUCUCCCGUUCAUAUGUGAGGCCCCUCAAGGAAUGAAACACCCGACUUCUCCCCUCACAAAGUCUCCUGAUGUACUGUGUGACGGGGACACCUCAUGGCUGCUCUUCGGUGAUCAGUGCUACAGGUUUUUCUCAGCUUCUUACGACAACCCCGAGACCUGGAGGUCAUCGAGGCUCAGGUGUCGAGAGCAGGGAGGGGAGCUCGCGUCCAUCCACACCAACGAGGAGAACUAUUGGAUUCUGUCUAAGAUUUUGGGGUUAUCCGAUGAGAUGGUGUGGGUUGGUGGCCGGUCUGUUCUGGAUUCCGGGUACCAGUGGCUCGACAACACCACCUUUGACUUCGACAAUUGGGCAAGAGGAGAACCCAACAACAUUUUGGGUCAAGAGGACUGUAUAGUAUUGUAUAGUCAGCAGGAGGGUCGCUGGGGGGACAGAAGCUGUGACACCCUGGCUGGCAGUAUCUGUAAGCGUAGACACGGUACCAAUCCAUCGACUCCAGCCGUCACCACCGCCACCCCUCUCGGACACUGCCUACAAGGAUGGCUACACUCUGGUUCCAAGUGCCUCAAAUUCUCCAAAGAAAAGAAGACCUUCGAUGGAGCGGUGGAGGCGUGUACGUCUCCCUCUAAGUUAGCAAGUAUUCACUCACCCCAGGAGCAAGCUUUCCUGACGGCGGUGCUGGGGGACCUGGGAACGAACGUGUGGCUGGGACUCAGGAAUAACCAAAGCUUCCACUGGAAGGACAACACCUCUGUAACCUAUACGAGCUGGGCCCCAGGGGAACCCAACGGCAUUGAUGGAGAGGAAGGAUGUGUUGAGGCCUCGCAUGUCACAGGGUUAUGGAGUGACGUUCCCUGUACCUCCACACGUGGCUAUGUCUGUAUGGUAGAUACUGACUCUCACCUGAUGACCGAGGCUCCUUACACUACCUGUGCCUCACCCUUCAGCCUCUACAUUGCCUACAAUGGUGCCUGUUACCAUCCCCACUCCACAUACAAGACCUGGAAGGAGGCGGAGACCACGUGUAAAGAUGAGGGUGCACACCUGGUGUCGGUGAGUGAGCCAACGGAGGGGGCAUUUUUAUGGAUGCUGGCUAAGAAUCACAAUUUCACCCAAACAUGGCUCGGUCUUCAUUACAGCUACGACAACUCUCGGUUCUUAUGGAGCGACUCUACCCCAACCACUUACACCAACUGGGGUAUGAGUCAGCCGAACACCAGCCUAACCAACCAUGCGUGCGUCUGGUUAAACUCCAUGGGCGGACUUUGGUACAGCCAGUUGUGUGAUGAUCUGAGGCCAUUCGUCUGUAAGUACAAGAAUGUAUCUGUGAUCAGCCACGACCCCCCUGCCACUGGCCGCUGUCCGGAUGCUCGCUGGCUGGACUUGGGGAACGGUUUCUGCUACCUUGUCUCCCAAUACAAACAGCCAUGGGACGAGGCCAGGAGGACUUGUGUGCUGGAGAAUAGCAACUUGGCAUCCAUGCAUUCGGAGGCAGAGAUGAUCGCGGUCACUGUGGCAAUACAUGGCAUUACUGACCCGUUGUGGAUCGGCCUGGUAAAGGAGGAACACGGUUAUGGCUGGAGUGAUAGGUCGGGAGUGGACUAUGUCAAUUGGGGAGUCGAUGAACCUGGUGGGGGAACCGAUGAGGGGUGCGUCCUGGUUUAUACACAGACAGGGAGCUGGAGCGACACGCACUGCUCCACCGCCGCACAUUAUCUCUGCAAGACACUCAAAAGUAUGUGUAACGUGUAUUGGCUACAAGACUGUAAGUUAAGCAGAGUUUAUGCAUUCUCUUAUUAA